AUGGGAACGAGUCAUUCAACGAAAUAUGAGUAUACCGAUGUCAAGUCAAGUGUUUCAGAGGUCGAUGACUUCCAAAGCGAUGUUGACAGUGGUACAGCGCCAUGUAACUUUGCGUCUGAGCUGGAAUCUGUGGAAUACAUGACGACAUUUGAGGGCGUCCUACAAGACUUUGUAACUCAGUUUCUGCAGAUGAAAGACGAGAAUGCCAGAUAUCGGACCAAAUGCGAGUCCAACAUACUUCGGUGUUUUCGUAAAAAGAAGAGAUCGAAUGAGUAUGAUUGCCGAGACAAAAUUCAUGACUUGCAGAAAAUGUUUAAAGCAAUGCAAGAACAAGUAUUUGUACUGGUGGAAAGAAAUGGGUCUCUGCAUCGGCAUGUCCUCUCCUCCACGAAGGAUGAAAGUGAAGUUCAACGGAAUGAAUUACAAAAGACAUGUCUGAAAGAUCAAAGCGAGGCUGAAAAAAAUAACUGUGAAUUAUUAUCGUCAAUUGACUUGCUGAAGCAAGAAUUGGAAAAAACAAAAGAUGACUUGGACAAGUCAAAGGAUAGAGAACGUCAAGUCAGCGAUGACAUCACGGAACUUAAAGAGAACAUUAAAGAGUUAACAGAGAUUGCGACUGACACGUUGCAAAAACAUAACAGCAACGAGGAGGAAUACGAAUGGAAAAUAUCACAAUUGGAAGACCAGCUCAGCAAUUAUAAAACAUGUGAAAAAGAAAUCACGGCGCUGAGAAACGAAAACAGGAAAUUCAAAGAGGUGUAUGGUAAAUACAAGUCACGAAGAAAGAACACCAUACAACAUUACUCGGGUUUGAUCGGAGAGCUUCGGAAAUCUGCACCAAAUAAUUUGAUGCUUGAAGAAACACAUUCGAUGUUAACCGAGAGUUUGAAAAAAUAUGACAGAAAAUCUUUUAAAUAA